GAUCUCAGCGAGUGGCCCGAGAAGAGGCUGGCCAUAGACAGGUGGAGCCGACUCACGGCGGUCCCACCUGAGGAGCAGGGCGAGACGUUGCUGCUGCACCUGACAAAGGAGGCGGCGAUAGCGACGAGACAUCUUCGACCAGGAAAUGUACAGUUCGCUGGAGGGCUGCAGACGGUGAUCAUGGUGCUGGACACGCUGGCCUUCCCAGAGGCGGACGCCGAGACGUUUCAGCAGCUCGAGAAGACGCUGUUCGCAGCACCGAGAGCGCGAGAUGAGACGCUCAUGAAGUUCACGAACAGGAUCCGCGCGGAACAGAAGGAGCUGAUCACGUUGCUGCCUAGCGCGCUCAACGAGACGGUCAUGGGCUUCCUGCUGCUUCGAGGGGCCGGCCUGGCCAAGACGGAGCGCAACCAAGUGCUCAUCCAGACGGGCUACGACUACGACGUGAACAAGCUGGUAGCGAUCCUGAAGCGCAUGACGGACGACAACACGGUCACGGAGAAGACCUCGACUACCAGAGCGGCUUCCUACAUGGCGGGAGUUCGGGAAGAGGAGCCGCAGGAGGAUACUGAGGUCGAGGGCGACGACAACCCCAUCUAUGACGCGAUGGCGAACCUGCUGGGCAUAGACGACGACAAGGAGCCAGACGACAAGCUCGAGAACGGCGAGGCUCUCACGGAGGCCGAGGCGCUGGACUGCUUAGCGGCGCUGGUCGGGCCAUCACCAAAGCCCAGGGGUUUCCACAACAUCAAGGACAGGAAAAGGACCGAGGAGAAGAUAGAAGACAUCAAGAAGAGGACGAAGUGCGGCAUAUGCAAGAAGCUGGGUCACUGGCACAAGGAGUGCCCCGACAAUCCGAAGAACAAGGGCAGGGUGACGGGCGGCUUCUUCGCGAUGACGGUGCUCCAGGACGACGAGGUGUGUAGCUACGUGGCGACGGAGGCGAAGAUGGCGGAGAGAUCCAACAUGGUCGAGCACAUCACGCUGGCAACCGACAUCGAGAAGUCGGGCAGGCCAGGCUGGGGCGCGGUCGACACGGCAUGCGGCUUCAACGUGAUGGGCCUGGUCACCUUCGACGCCUGGGCCAAGCACUACAAGGACGUGCACAGCAUCACGCUGGAGACGGUGCCCUACCACAAGAAGUACAGGUUCGGGAACGACCAGGUCUGCACGGCGACGGAGGGCGUGUUCAUUCCGAUCAUGCUGGGACACUUCAGCGGAGUGAUCUUCGUGUGCCUGGUCAAGGGCGCGGCCCCACUGUUGCUCUCCAAGACGUUCGUUGUGGAGCUGAAGGCGUCACUCCACGCGUUCCAGUCGGAGUUGGACUUGCCAGAGCAGAACGUCAGACUUCCUCUGGCCCACGCUGGAGGUGAGCACUUCCUGCUGCAGCUCGACAACUUCGUGCGCCCGUGGAAGAAGCCUGAGAGCUGGACUCUGUGCUCGAGGGAGGUUUCGAUGGACUUCGGAACGAGCUCGGAGUAUAUCCAUCUAUCAUCUACGUCGGGCCCCAAAGACCUCGAGAGGCCACAGAAGCCUGUGAAUCCCCAGAAGGACCCGAAGGUGAGGGACAACCCAGAGAGGGGGAAGGGUUUUCAGUGGCCGUGGCACGAGAUAGACAACCGACCGAGGCCGCCAACGGGAGCAAUGAUCUGCAGGUUCUUGGGCAUCCCCAACCAGGGCCCCUGUCCACCGAAGAGCAACCCGAGGCAGGCUCGAGAUCACGAUCCAGCUCGAGAGACGGCGUGCGUUCACGAGUUCACGGGCCACGGCGGCAACGGUCGAGCGUUCUGGGUGCAGUGCUGCGGCUGCAAGAUGCACCUCGAGUACUACCCACAGUCAGCCCCAGGGAUGAUGAAGGUCACCAACAUGCUCAACGACUUCAAGGACGAGGAGGCGAGGAUCAAGGGAUGGAAGCCCAGAACGACCAAGACCAGCAGCAAGAAGAAGGAGGAGACCGAGACGGGACCAACAGCGACCAGCAGGACGGCGUCGACAAGCCCGAGGACCUCUUCCAGAACCAAGCCAAGGCACCAGGACAACCGGUGUCAGAAGGACGAGCUGGAGGAGGAGACAGAGGACUGGGAGCAGCUGGACGACUCCCCACGGAGCAAGGCCUUGACAGCGCUGCGCGAGCUACUUCAGCGACUGCUAGAGAAGCUCAGCGACAAGCAGAAAAGCGUGAUCAACAAGUCCAUCAAGCAGAUCAGCGACUUCGAGGGCCUGACUCAGGCAGUGGAGGCCGCGAUCCCCGAGAGCAGCGCCUUCGUGAAUCAGGCCACCCUCAACUUCGAGCCCGAGCUGGCCCACCUCAAGGAGGACGAUCGAGCCGAAAGGAGCGUGACCAACAAGGAGAUCGUGACGCUCAUGGGUUCCCAUCUGCUGACGAGGAUGGGACAGCGAGAAGUCUGGAGCAAGCUUCAACACUCAGCGCCUCUCAUGGUAGUUAUCAAGCCUCCGAAGGACAUCUACAACACCAAGUUGAAGGAGAAGAUCGGCAAGGAGAUGCUGACGUUCAUCUCCGACGUGGCGAUCAAGCAGGCCGUCAACGGCAGGUACUUCUAUUACGAGCAGGACAUGAACUCCAGGGACUGGGAAGAUCCCCUCAUCAAGAAGCUCAAGCGUCUACCCGACAUCGGCGAGGACAGAGCGCUUCGGAAGGGCCGCAAGUACUUCUCCAAUCUACACAAGGAGGCCAUCGAGUACGCCAAGUUGUUGAGCCAGGAGUUCGUGAAUCGACCACCUCACACCGCCCUCGGGGACAUUGACGACCCCCUACAGGAGCUGGUUGGGGUGCUGGUUCGGACGAUCAUCGAGAUGAAGACCACGAAGGAGCUCGGGAAGCAGAUCGAGGACAAGUGUGCAGCAUGCUGCGCGGCACCUACGGCACCAACAACGGCACCAAAAGACGAGAAGAGCACGGACCCUCACGUCAAGCAGCAGGUUGAGAAGAUCCAUGAGAACAUGGGCCACUGCAGCAACGAGAACCUGGUCAUGGUGUUGAAGUACGGCAAGGCCAGACAGGCCUUCAUUGAGGCGGCGCAGAAGCUCGAGUGCCCGAGCUGCGAGGCAAACAAGAGGCCGAAGCUCGCGAAGCCCUCCAAAGCUCCGACUACCUACCAGUUCAACGAUGUCAUCGGCAUGGACAUCUUCUUCGUGUUGGGACCCGAGAACACCACCAAGGUGCCCAUGCUGAACAUAGCCUGCCACGGUACUGGACAUCAAGUGGUGAUACCUCUACCGAGUCGACAUGGCCCUCAGAUAAGGCGUCAUUACCGCGCAUUCUGGAAGCGUGUUUAUGGGGUGCCCCGCAUGAUAGCCAUUGAUGGCGAGAAAGGUUUCUCUGCAGGUGAGUUUCCAGAAGCUGCUGAAGGAGAUGGUUCCGAGAUCAAGGUGACGAGUGCUACUUCACCAUGGCAGGCGGGCAAGACCGAACGCGCUGGAGGCACCUGGAAGGAGACCUUCUACCGAACCAGGCAGAAGUUCAACACCAACAACUGGGAGGACUUUCGCGAGCUCGUGGAUGCGGUCAACGUGGCUAUGGGCGAGAGCGUUCGCAGAGGUCUACUCAAGUGCUCACCUGAGCAGCUUCGACAUGCUAACGAGGCCGAUGUCGCAGCCUGGGAGCAGAUCGACAACACCAUGCAGGAGGAGUUGAACACCGAGAACAGAGGGGCAGCCUCACAGCCGCCCACCACAGAGAUCGAGAAGGCCGCGGAUGUCAACCCAGAGCUGAUUCCCAUGGCCACCAAGUACUACGAUCAUCUAGACGACGUGCCGUUGACGAUAAAGCAGAACAUCAACAAUCCGAUCUCAGCCAUACCAGUCAGCGAGCGGAUUGCCGUCAUCGAAGCAAAGAUCAACAAGGAGGCGGAAGCACCACCCAAGAAGAAUGUUAAGAAAGUGAAGGCACCAGUCGUCAGCUCAGCCAUGCUCACCAACACCAAUCAACGACUUCGUAAGGAUAUUACUGAGAAGUCGCUUCUGAACACCUACAAGUACCAGCCCUACAUCGCCGCUAAGCGUAGAGAGUGGGGCAACAUCGCGAAUGGCGCCAAUCCUGAGGAGGUCGACGCUAGCAAGCGGCAGUUGAUGUUCAUGAGCGACGGCACUUGGAGGAUGGCAAAGGCUCGCUGGACCGUUCAAGGACACACCGACCCCGACCUGCUCGACCUCGAGACCUACAGCCCAGUCGUCGGCAAGGACUCCGUGUUCCUGAUUUUGCAGAUCCUGUGCUCUAACAAGUGGACCUUGCAGCUAGCAGACAUCACUUCGGCUUUUACCGCUGGAGAUCCACUCGAUCGAUCUCAAGGCAGUCUCUAUGUGGAGCUUCCUCGCACUGGGAUUCCUGAUGUGGAGGGCGGUUCGCUGGUGGAGUUACUCGAGGCAGUGUGUGGCCUAGACGACGCUCCAUUACAAUGGCUAUCAGCUUUCACCAAGUACGCCAAGGAGAUCGGUUUCCAGUGCUCCAUCUUCGACAGCUGCGUCGUCUACCUGAGAGACGAGAAGGGACUUCGCGGCAACAUGGGCCUCACUGUGGACGACAUCGUGGGUGGUGGAGACGUUUUAUUCGACGCUGCCUGUCAGAAGCUACGAGAAAGGUUUCCUUUCGGAGCGUGGCGCCACAAGAGUGGGAAGUACACCGGUAAGGGGCUACAGCAGAACGAGGACAACACCGAGAUCACGAUAUCACAAAGCUUCAGACAGAUGCCCAACCUGGUGGUGGACGACUUGCUGGAGGCGAACCGCAUCGGCAGGAUGACUAAAGAAUUCAGCUCGGUGAUUCUCAGGAUCAGGCACAUUCCAUUUCAUGAGAUGGCCUUUGCAGUUUUCAAUGACGCGGCCUGGGCAAAUGCCAGAGAUGGAGCUUCGCAGGCUGGAUACAUCGUGUUCGCCACACAGCGCAAUAUUCUCACAGGGGAGCCCGCCAUCAUCUCGAUCCAGUCCUGGAAGAGUCACAAACUUAAGAGGAAGUGUGCUCGCCAGUUCGGUGCCGAGACGCUGGCGAUUUCAGAAGGAAUGGCCAUGGGGGAGUUCAUGCGCACCAUGUUGCUCGAGAUUACGGACAGCGAGUUCGACCUGAUGAGGCCCUGCAUGCUAGCAUCCAAAUUUCCAGUGAUCAGCGUCACCGAUUCCAGAGGCGGCUACGAUCACGUGACCAAUCCCAAGGCAGGCUUAGCCGAGGACAAGCGCGCCGCCAUCGAUGUAGCUAUCGUUCGAGCAGCCAUGCAACGACCAGAAGUUCACCUACGGUGGAUCGAGGGCACCAGCCAGCUCACCGAUCCACUCACCAAGCGUAAGGGCGAGGGCGCCCUACUACGACAAGCACUACAUGACGGAGAAUACGGCAUCACCGCAGACAGCAUCGUGCUUCGCCGACGAUACGAGGACAGAGUUCGACGCCAGAAAAAGGAGCCAGUCAUCUUCGCCGUGACCGACUGCUGCUUCUCUGGACUCCACCUCUACGAGAUGGACUGUACUGGCACUUCAGGUGCCACCAGCAACGUGGACGAUCUCAACUACGAGCCCGAAGCCUACAUGCGCCUCAGGGAGACCCAGCAGAUCUUCAGAGAGAGGCCCGAGGCUAGUCGCUUGAACCAGGCGAGAAUGAGGUCGAGGAGUUGCACGGGUUCUGAACAGUAG